GCAGGAUUCCCACCUGGCUGCGAGGAAGCCUCCUGAGAUGUGGUCCUGGUUUGUUUGAGGUGGGAGCAGAGGCCUUCUACCACCUCUUUGACGGCCAGGCCCUGCUCCACAAGUUUGACUUCAAGGAGGGGCACGUCACCUACCACCGCAGGUUUGUCAGGACUGAUGCUUAUGUCCGAGCCAUGACGGAGAAGCGGAUCGUGAUCACGGAGUUCGGCACCUACGCCUACCCAGACCCCUGCAAGAACAUCUUCUCCAGGUUUUUCUCCUACUUCAAAGGUGUGGAGGUCACCGACAAUGCCCUUGUCAACGUCUACCCCGUGGGGGAAGAUUACUACGCCUGCACCGAGACCAACUUCAUCACCAAAAUUAACCCAGAUACCCUAGAGACAAUUAAGCAGGUGGACCUGUGCAAGUACGUGUCUGUCAACGGGGCCACGGCUCACCCCCACAUCGAGACGGACGGCACGGUCUACAACAUCGGCAACUGCUUCGGCAAGAACUUCGCCCUGGCCUACAACAUCAUCCGCAUCCCCCCGCUCCAGCCAGACAAGGAAGACCCCAUGAACAAGUCAGAGGUGGUGGUGCAGUUCCCUUGCAGUGACAGAUUCAAGCCCUCCUAUGUUCACAGCUUUGGGUUGACCCCAAACUACAUUGUGUUUGUGGAGACACCAGUGAAGAUCAACCUCCUCAAGUUCCUCUCCUCCUGGAGCCUUUGGGGAGCCAACUACAUGGACUGCUUCGAGUCCAACGAAACCAUGGGGGUGUGGCUUCACGUGGCAGAGAAGAAGAAAGGCAGACUGCUCAACAUCAAGUACCGCACCUCGGCCUUCAACCUCUUCCAUCACAUCAACACCUACGAGGACAACGGCUUCCUCAUCGUUGACCUCUGCACCUGGAAGGGGUUCGAGUUUGUGUACAACUACCUCUACCUGGCCAACCUCCGAGCCAACUGGGAGGAGGUGAAGCGGCAGGCGGAGAAGGCUCCGCAGCCCGAGGCGCGCCGCUACGUCCUGCCCCUCCACAUCGACAAGGCUGACACAGGCAAGAACUUGGUCACCCUGCCCUACACCACAGCCACUGCCACCCUGCGCAGCGACGAGACCAUCUGGCUGGAGCCAGAAGUCAUCUUCUCAGGGCCACGUCACGCCUUUGAAUUUCCACAGAUCAACUACAAGAAGUACGGUGGGAAACCUUACACCUACACCUACGGGCUGGGGCUCAACCACUUUGUCCCAGACAGGCUCUGCAAGCUGAAUGUUAAAACCAAGGAGACCUGGGUGUGGCAGGAGCCCGACGCCUACCCCUCGGAACCCAUCUUCGUUUCCCAUCCUGAUGCCCUGGAGGAAGAUGAUGGGGUUGUGCUGAGCAUCGUGAUCAGCCCGGGCACGGGGCCCAAGCCAGCCUACCUCCUCAUCCUCAAUGCCAAAGACAUGAGCGAGGUGGCCAGGGCUGAAGUGGAGGUGAACAUUCCAGUGACCUUCCACGGGCUCUUCAAGAGGGCCUGAAGCUCCUUCAGCUCCCAACAGGUGGAGUCUCCACUGACAAGCACUCCACUGCCUGC